AUGCAAUAUGAAGCCAUCGAAACGGCAAGCGAUAUAAUAGAGGAGCUCAGUGAAGAGGACACCAAUAAGGACAUCGCAAGGGAACUAAAAAAUCAUUUCAACGAAACUUAUGGCCCGUAUUGGCAGUGCAUCGUGGGAGGAGCAUUCGAAUCGUCGGUAAAAUCCCAGCCAGAAACAAACGAGGAAGAGUCAGAGGAGCCGCCUGAAGUAAGUCCGAAGAUUGAAGAAGAAGAUUUGAACAAUCUAACUAUUCCGGCAACUUAUACUGAUCUAGAAUCAGAAGAUUCAGACAUUUCAGGCGACUCAGAGGAAAACAAACUAAAUAACACAAUAACCAUGGCCGAUGAAUCAAUUGCCCAAAGGGCAUAUAUCAAAGAAAUCUCUAGUGCCAUCCCAGAAUUCAAUGGCCAGAAGUUACAUCUACAAAGAUUCGUAACAGCGUUGAAGUUAGUCAAUCUAACAAAAGGGACAUUUGAGCACAUCGCCGUUGAGGUUAUUAAGUCCAAAAUUGUGGGAUCCACUCUAUAUAAAGUUCAAGACGAGACCACAAUAAAUGCAAUAAUCAAAAAAUUGCAGGACACAGUAGUCGGUGAAACAUCCGACGUAUUAAAGGCUAAAAUGGCCAAAACAAUACAGAAAGGCAAAACUGCCGAAAAAUUUACGACCGAAAUAGACAACUUACGAAAGCUCUUAGAAGCUUCGUAUAUUGAUGAGGGGCUCUCGGCCGAACACGCUGAUAAAUUCAGCACAAAGGAAGCCAUCACCACAAUGGUCAAAAAUUGUGAGCAUGGCCGACUCAAGACGAUACUGGAAGCUGGCAACUUCACAACAAUGAAUGAAGCCGUCACUAAGUACCUACAAAGUAGUACUGAAAUGACGGGUAAUGCCAAUACAAUAUUGUACGCGCAAAGAGGUAACAACUAUCGCGGUAAUAAUUACAGAAAUAAUUAUCGCGGUAGAGGUAAUAGCCGAGGUAACUACCGAAACAAUGGCUAUAACCGGAAUUACCAGAAUAACGGUUACAACCGAAACAAUUAUAAUAAUAAUAACAAUAAUUAUAGAGGAAACAACCGGAGCGGAAACCACCGCGGUGGAAAUAGCAACUGGUCGAACUCAAAUAAUCGAACCAAUGUCCGAUUGGCCCAAACCAAUUCGGAAAACCAAGAACACCCUUCAGUUAUUUAG